AUGAGGUCCAACGAGUGCUUACACGUGGCAGCCGCCGCCGCCCCUUCACCACCAAAACCAUCAUCACCACAACCCUCCAAAUCCUCAUCCUACACCUACUCCCCCUUAGAAAGAGACCAGAUCCGCCUCGUCGUCCUCGAAUCGUCCUCCGACCCGUCGGACCCUCUCACCUGCCGCAUCCUCGCCUGCCACCGCAGCGACGCGCCCCCCUACGAAGCAAUCUCCCACUACUGCGCCCCGACAGACUCUCACGAUGCCCUCAUUCGCGUCCUCUCUCCCAUCCUCAUCCCCUCGGCCCCGACAAACCUUACAAUCCCGCACGCCGUCGCAUCAACCCUCCUCGCCCUCCGCCACGCAGACAGGCCGCGCACCCUCUGGCUCGACGCGCUGAGCAUCAACGCCUCCAACACCGCCGAACGCAGCGCCCAAGUCCUCAUCACACCACAAAUCUUCCACGCCGCCUGGCGCGUCAUAAUCCCCCUCGCCGGCGACUACGCGGAAGCCAUAUCCUUCAUAUCCCUUGGCCGCUUCCGCUCCACCCCUCCACAAACCCUCCUCCUCCUCCAGCACCUCUUCGCGCACCCCUGGUUCUCCCAGACCUGGUCCAUCCCGCAGAUAGCCCGCUCCCGCGCCGCCUUCGUCCUGCACGCCGCCGCCCUGACGCCCUUCACCAACUUCUCCCUCUGCGCGCGCACCCUCGACCUCGCCGUACCCGUGACGUCGCCCAUCCGGCGCCUCAAACAGCGCGGCGCGAUCCCGAGCCUGACGACGACGCAGUUCCUCAAGGCCGUGGCCGAGGCGAGCUCCUGCGCCGCCCCCGCGGACCCGCGCGAUCGCGUCUUCGCCUUCCUCCCGCUCUACCCGGCCCUCAUGACGCGGUCGCAGAUCGAGACGUACCGGAGUUCGGGGUUCGGCGGGGACGACGACAGGGGCGGCGGGAUGCGCGGGAAGGCCAGGGGGCUCGGCGGUGGUGGUGGUGGUGGUGGUGGUGCGGUGAGCGCGGUGGAGGUCAUCGAGGACGAGAAGACGAGGGCGAGGAUGACGGAUUACGGGAGUGAUGUGAGGACUGUGUAUACGCAGUUCGCGACGCUGCUGCUCUCCGAUGCCGGGCUGGACUUUCUCUCGACGGUUCAGGGCCGGGUGAAGAGCGACAGGUUGCCGAGCUGGGUGCCGGAUUGGAGGGUGAAUUCCGGGCGGACGAUACUCGCGCAUCUACCUCUUACCGAGUUCGCGGCCGGAGGACACUGGGGUGACCAGUCGUUCCGGAUUGUGCCGACCGAGGACGGAGGGAAGCUUGAGCUCUCGGCGGUUUGUCUGGGGGAGAUCGCGGUGCUUGGGAACGCGUGCGAUAUUAGGUGUGAAGGGUGGGAGGAGGUCGUGUUCCGGCAGUGGAGGGACUUGGCGGAGGAUGCGAGGCGGGGGAGGGGUUUGAAGGAGUGUCCCUCCAAGAUUCUGGAGGCAUUCGUGCAGACCGUCAUGACGGACUCGGAUGAAGAACAUGUCGAUGCGCGGAAGAUGCUCUGUCGUAGGGUCUCGGUGCUGGAUGAGAAGAGGCAAAUUGACAGCAAGGCGCUGUUUGACGGCCUAGACGAUGAAGCGAUCACCAAAUUGCGCAUCAGCUGUCACGGGCGCAGGCUUUUCGUCACGUCCAAGGGCAUCAUGGGCUUGGUGGCGAGUGAAAGCAAAGAAAGGGAUCUCAUCGCUGUUCUCCCUGGGGCGAGAAUGCCUUACAGCUUCCGUCAUCGGUAUGAUCUUGCGUCGGCUGACGUGGAGUUGGUCGGGGAGUGUUUUUUGCAGGGUAUGAUGAAGGGGGAGGCGUUGUCGAGGGGUGUUUCCUUUGUGAAGAGAGAGAUUCGCAUUUGUUAA